GGAGGGAUCUACCAUCAGGGCAAGGGGUGGUUUGAGCCGACCCAGACGGGAUUCCCGGGUCUUUCGUCGCCUUUGCUCCGCGUCGGUCCCAGGAAAGCCGCCGCCCGGGCCGAUUCCUCGGAGCCGACUUCCAGCGGGGGACGGGGGCAGGGACCCCCCCUUGGCUCCCCGGAGGGAUGGAACGAGCCUGGCAGCGGGCGGGGCUUGGCUGCUCCGGGCGGGCGAGCGAGCCGGCGCGUUGGGCUGCCCGGGAAGCCGAGCUCUCGGCGGGCGGUCAGUACCUGCAAAGGAAAUUUCCAGUGUAGGAUUGGGCCUAGCUUGGUUUCUGCAGGUGUUCCACGCUCCCGUCUGGAGGCCCAGGCUGUCUCUUAGUUUCUGCCGCCACGUGCUUGGCACAAGUCGCCUCUUCCAGCCACUCCUUGGCAUUCAGUCUUUCUUUGAAUUUAAGGUUCCUUGAAGCUCUUUCCCACUCAGGAGGAUCUGAGGAAAUGAAGUCCCCAGUUGCGUACCAGAAGCUCAAGACACCGGAGAGCCCUCAGGAGUUGCUGCCCCUGGCUGAGCAGCCCGGCCAGACUCUGCGCCAGUUCCGUGGCUCUGCACUGGGGAGGCCCUGCCACAGCGUCUCUGGCUUGCGUCCUGCAGAGCCACCUGGCCAAUCAACGUCCAUCCUGCCCUGGGAUUUUCAGUGCAUCCUGGUGACAGCCAUCUUGUCCACUGUGCUGGUGGUGGCCCUGGUGGUCCACUCGUUCUUCUUUCCUUUGCGAAAUUUGGCCACAGUGGGGAAUGUGGCAUUGGUGCCACGUGUGGAUCACGCAUGCAGCGACUCAUGCAGGAGUGUGCUGGUGGAGAGCAUCCCUGAAGGACUGACAUACGACGACAACAGCACAGUCAGCUCUUCCACUUUUGAGACUUGGCAAAGCCUUCUGAGAAGCGCAAGGAGCUCGGUGGACAUUGCUUCUUUCUACUGGACUCUCAGCAACCGGGACACCCAUACCCAUGAUCCUUCAGCCAGCCAGGGAGAAGAAAUACUAUCGGAGCUCCAGCACGCUGCCAGUCGAGGGAUUGUGUUAAGGAUAGCAGUCAACCCGCCUUCCACCCGGAUGCCCAGUGCUGACCUUCAGGUCCUCGAGAAGAGUGGGGCCCAGAUCCGCCAAGUGGACUUACCAAGACUGACCCGGGGAGUCCUGCACACCAAAUUCUGGAUUGUGGACCAGCUACACAUUUAUCUUGGGAGUGCAAAUAUGGACUGGCGUGCCCUUACACAGGUGAAGGAACUCGGGGCGGCUGUCUACAACUGCAGCUGUCUGGCCCAGGACUUGGGGAAGAUGUUUGAGGUCUACUGGGCCCUCGGGCUACCAAACACCACCAUCCCAUCACCCUGGCCGUCCAAUUACUCCACCACCUACAACAGGGAGACGCCCCUGGAGCUGAAGCUGAAUGGGACAGAGGCUGCCGUCUACUUUUCGAGUGCCCCCCAAGCCCUGUGUGCCACUGGGCGGACGGACGACCUCCAGUCUCUGCUGAGCGUCAUUGAAGGGGCCCAGGAGUUUGUCUACGUGGCCGUGAUGAGUUAUUUGCCCACCAUGGAGUUCUCCCACCCCAGGAGGUUCUGGCCAGCCAUUGAUGACCACUUCCGGAAAGUGGCCUACGAGAAGAGAGUCCGCCUCCGCCUCCUGGUCGGCUGCUGGAGACACUCCAAGCCAAAUAUGUUCCCCUUCCUGCGCUCCUUGGCUGCCCUGCAGGAUAACCGCACCCAUUACAGCCUGGAAGUGAGGCUCUUUGUGGUGCCUGCAAAUGAGACACAGGCCAAGAUCCCCUAUGCCAGAGUGAACCACAGCAAGUUCAUGGUGACAGACAAGGUGGCUUAUAUCGGAACCUCCAACUGGUCCGGGGACUACUUCCUGCACACUGCAGGCUCCGCCCUGGUGGUGGCUCAGAGCCCGGCCCGGGCGGGAGACCAGCCCACCCUCCGCGAGCAGCUGCAGCGCAUCUUUGAGCGGGACUGGAACUCCGGAUACAGCCGGGGCCUCGACCCUGAGGGCCAGUGGGAGGCUCUCUGCAGUGCCCGCUAGAGCCCCGCCUGGCAGGCCCCGCGGAAGAGCCUCGCGGGUUGGGGGGGCGGCGGCUGCUGCGGGCGGGUCGAGGGGUAGCUUUCCGCGGGUUCAAUUGCUGGGCCGAACUAGCCUUCCUCCCCGGCUGCGGCCCGCCUGCUGGAUUUACACCCCACCCGCGCGUCCGGGCCCGGCUUCGGGCGAUUAAAGGCUCGCGUUCCA